CGCCCCACCGGCGCCCUGGCCUCCUGCCCGCCGCCGGCCCCCGGCUCCCGGGCUGAGGUUGAUCGGGCCGCCGCUGCCGGGACCGACGCGCGCCCUCGACGUCCCUGCUCCUGCUUGGGCUCGGCGUGGACGUCGCAGGUAGCCGGGAACCAUUGUUUAAUGAGAACUCCAUGUGUACAGAGUGAAGAUGGCAGGCUUCCUGGAUAACUUCCGCUGGCCGGAGUGUGAGUGCAUUGACUGGAGCGAGCGCAGGAACACGGUGGCCUCUGUGGUCGCAGGGAUAUUGUUUUUUACAGGCUGGUGGAUAAUGAUUGAUGCCGCGGUGGUGUACCCUAAGCCUGAGCAGCUGAACCACGCUUUCCACACGUGCGGUGUGUUUUCCACGCUGGCCUUCUUCAUGAUAAAUGCUGUAUCCAAUGCCCAGGUGCGAGGUGACAGCUAUGAAAGCGGCUGCCUAGGACGAACUGGUGCUCGGGUCUGGCUCUUCAUUGGGUUCAUGCUGAUGUUCGGGUCACUCAUCGCCUCCAUGUGGAUCCUUUUUGGUGCAUAUGUUACUCAAAACAUCGAUGUUUACCCUGGACUAGCUGUGUUCUUUCAAAAUGCUCUUAUAUUUUUUAGCACUCUGAUCUACAAAUUUGGAAGAACUGAAGAGCUCUGGGCCUGAGAUCACCGCACACCGCCCCUUCCUCUUGAAUUCCAUGGCGAGCUCCGUUAUCUCUAGUAUAUGACGUUACAGAUUGCCAAAUGGAGCGUUGUGUGCUCAGGGCUUCGUUUCUUCAUAGUUUUGUGUCCUGAGUUUGGAAUUGCUUUUGCAAAAUGUCUGUCUUGGUUUUUCAUCAACUAGACAAGUUAAUAUGUUGAUAAUACAUCACUACAUAUACAUGAUGCUGAAUGUCAGGUUUUUAUUCCCAAGACUAAGAUUGGUAUGGCUCCCGAGCCGGGGUUAUACUGUCUUGGUGUUUAGAGAUAAACACUCUGUCUUGGUAUCUCUGAUGUUUGAAAAUGUGCAAAAUACACAGCUCCGUGUCCCUAGAGGCCCUGAGCUAUUAACAAAGGCAUUUCUGCCAGGUGUAAUUUAUUUUGACUUAGGAAUGAGAUUUUUUUUUUAAGGAAAAAAAUGUUUGUGCAUAUGUAUUAAAGAGCUGGACUUUUUAUAUGAAGAUUUUUUUAAAUGCCCAAAGGACUAGUUUGAAAGCCCUCUUUGCAAAGAAUUCCUCUAACUUGACUUUUGUUUGAGAAGGGAUAACACAGAGAUAAACUCCAUUUUGUAAAUCAGACGGCAGGCAGCCGAGCCCUGUGCUUUCCGUCUCACCGAGCAGCUUUGAUGCCCGGGUUGUUGUGGGCGGCCUGCCUCUGUCCCGCAUUACCACACAGCAAGGGACCCUGCAGCAGCCGCAGUUUAGAUGCAUGGCCAAGUGGAAUAACUAGCUAACGACCUCUUCCCGAAGGGCGCUGUGACCUACGAAAGGUCAGCUGCUUCAUUCACUUUGUUCUGACUCCUUCUGUGUAGCUCUCAGGCUCUGGGCGGCCAGCUGCUGCAGAGUACAAGUAUCCUGUACUGAAAGUUCGCACUCCACACCAGACCCUCCAUCCCAUGUUUGAGUGCUGCGCUUGCCCCACGUAUAUUUCUGUGGGCCUUUCCCUUGAGUCAAGAUUUUGUGUUGCACUUUUAACCCCAGAGGAUUUUUAUAAGACAUUUUGCUGUAAAACAGUAGUAAGGAUGGUUGUAGUGCACCUCCCAUGCAAGCCUUACUUUACUUAGCAGCCUCUCUGAGAGGCCCCUCCAAGCACAGUGCGUGAAGCGGCUGCCGAUCGCUGCGCUUCAUCCUGAUCCAUCUUGCUUCAUUACUCUCCCAUCAGUCCCUCAAAAUGUCAGCUUUGUCUAGCUUCCAGUGAACUAGAAAGCUAGCCAUAUGUUUCCAUUCUUAGAACUGAUGCAAUAAAUACUCCCUCUCACACUCGCUGCACAGUUAGGUGUGCUGGGGGCAGCGACCCGUACAACCCUGCUCUGCGUCCUCCACUGUCCGAGAAACAAGGAGAGGACACACUGUACACAUCGUGCUAAUACAGAGGUCUAUGAAGGGCAGUCCUGACGACCGACUGAAAAUGGCAGUGGCUUCUCUAUUCAUGAAUUUUGUUUUAAUUGUGAGCAAAUCCGUUGAUUUCCUCUGUUGUUUCAUUAAAUGAGAGAUGAAGUUUGUAUCCUCUUAUAGAUCUUAUGAGUCAGUAGAAUUCUUGGUAAUCAUAUAAAAUGCACACGGUUCUCUUAAUAAAGGUCUCACUGUUGCUCAAGCUCGA